AUGGCCCUUUCUUGUUCCAAGUGUCCGUCCUCGUCUCGUCUUGCUGCAUCGGCUUCUCACCCUCGUCUGCCCCGUGAGCAGCGCCUGGCGGCGUCUUUAUCCGCCUCCCCGUCAUCCUCCAGGGCCUCUUCCGUCUCCUCGCUUAAUUGCCUCGGUCAAAGGCCUGAUUCGUUGAGGGGGUCGGCUCAAUCGUUGAGAAAUCGGAAUCGGUACCCGAAUGUCGUUCGCAUGCAAGAAGGUUCGUUGGGGGAGUCGGUUCAUGCGUUUUAUCGGAGUAACUUGUCAUCGGCUUGAUUGCUACUCCUCGUUCGAAAUAUGCGUUGUCUCUGUUUCUUCCCUUUAGGGCCUUCUUCUUCGGGAUUUCUAUGGGCUCCUACUAGUUCGCUUUUUUUAAUUAUUAUUCUUGAUUAUUUAUCGUAAUCUCUUUUCCCAAAGAUAUCGUAUAUUUCCCUAUCUUUCGUUCCUUAUUUAUCAAUCGUUAUUAGUGAUGUUCCUGCUUAUAUCCUGAUUUCAUUCAGACGCUUCUGCAACCAGAAGUAUGUAACGUUUUGAAUUAUAUGCUAAGAAAAUCGUCACAUGGAUGGCAGCUGUGACUGCACCAGCACCUUCACCUAAAAAGCCUCCGUCGAAGAAAUCCGAAAAUGGCUCGUUGUCAUCUCUAGCGUCCAAGGAACGCUCUGAAAUAGCUGGUUUCAGCUCUGGUGGAAAUGAGUCCACAGUUAGCAUCACCGUGGUUGGGGCAUCCGGCGACCUUGCUAAGAAAAAGAUUUUUCCUGCACUUUUUGCCCUUUAUUAUGAAGGCUGCCUCCCAAAGGUACAUAGUCAAAGCGUUUACCCUCUAUAUUGGUUUAUCUUUUGUGCCUACACUUUCGUCCCAUUGAUGCUUUCAGUUGUGCUGUGGUAUUGAUCAGUAGUCACGUUUAUUUCCAGCAUUUUACAAUUUUUGGUUAUGCCCGGAGUAGGAUGACUGACGCUGAGCUGAGAAAUUUGGUCGGACAAACACUCACCUGCAGAAUCGACCAAAGGUAAAUAAGAAAUUGAAAGAUGGUUGCCUAAAUGAAGCCAUUGAUUUGGUAUUCUAUAGAAUAAUUUACCCGCACUAAAUUUCGAAUUUUAAAUUUGAUCUGUUUCCUUUUCACCCUUGUUUUCAUUAUAGUGUUCCAUUAUGUUUAUUUUUUCCCUAUAAUAAUUAUUUCAAGAUUAAUUAAGACGAGUGAAAAUUGUUAGAAUUUGUUACAAGAUAUGACUAAUUUGUCAUGACAAUUGUCUGACUCUGCAUGAGUUUUCUCUGGAUUACUUGGAAACGAUUGUGUCAUUUCGAACUGCUUGAGAUAGAUGACGUCGUGAUGGUGUGUUGUGAACACAUUUGAAUGGCAAGCAAACACCACUUCAUGAGAUUGACGGUGCACAAUGUAGAUUUUCUGAGAGAUUCUGGAGAGUUAUCCGAAGUUUCUUGUAAAAGGAGAUGAGCAAUUGCACUUGUUAAAUUGCCUCUUUGUGCUAGAUAUCCUGCACAGUUUAGUAACCCCAAUGGGAUAAUCUGUUCGCUUAGCUAGCUGAUGCAGUUUGUUCACAAUAUCUGCACUCUGAAUAAUGGAAUACAUGUGGAGAGGUGCUUCAUUCGGUCAUGGAUGAUAGUCGAUGCUCUAUUUUGAAGUCGGCAGUGGCUUUCAAAAUUUUCACAGUGCAGAUUGUCUUAUCUCUGUUUUUUGGUCUCAAAAUCUGAUAUGGAUGACUGGAUCUGCUUAUGCUUUCUUUGGUUAUUUCUUAUAUCCAUCAAAAAGGUAUUAUCUUCUUCUAAAGCAUUAAAGAGAGCAUCUAAUUAGGCCAUAAUGUUCAUUCUUUAUCUGUGCUAAGAAAUAGUUGCAAUUUAUCUAAAAUGCAAUCUGGCAGUUCUAAAUUCACAGAAGGAUUGGCAUGGUCUUUGAGCAGAAAAGAAGAUACAGUUACAUUGGCUUUAGUCUUUCCUUUAUUUCUCUGACAGUGAAUUUAACUCAGUUGUCGUCUGCAAUGCAUAAAUAUCUUUCUCUUCUUCUCCAGGGAGAAUUGUAGCGAUAAAAUGGAUGAAUUUCUGAAAAGAUGCUUCUACCAUUCGGGUCAGUAUGAUUCCGAAGAGAAUUUCGCUGAGUUGGACAAUAAGCUUAAGGAACAUGAGGUAAACAUGUGGGCCCUCAGCUCUAUGCAUCCUUCGAUCAAUUCUCUGUCUUCGGUUGAAUUUUAUCUGUCCGUUUUUUAGAUGGUCUUACUAGAUAUUUUAAUUGUUACCAUGUCCUUCUACUACCGAAGAAGAGAUCCGCUUGAGAUUCGUGGAAAAAUCACUUUGAAAUGAACUGGCAAAGCCAAUAACAAACGCAUUGGCCUGUAACUUUGAAUGACAAGUUUGCACUUUCACGCUGGACUCAAUCCAAACCCGUGAGUCCCAUAUGGUUGGGCAAUUUGAGAAAAAAAGCUUGAUUUUCUGUCAAUUUCUUGAACGUGAGUCUAUCGAUGUAUAGCAUCGAUUGCACCUUCCAAGUGUGUCAGCAGACUAAAGAGACUAAACUUAUGCAGCCUAGAAAUAUCGUUCGGGUGCACUCCAUACAAAUUUGUAGCCACGAUUGAUUAAAUAUUAGAAUCAAAUGCACAAGAAAAUGGAUGCAAGUUUUUUUUUUCGGGGAAAGAAUUGGGUGACCAUUUAAGAUAAAAUAUUAUUUGAGGCAAGUCAUCUGCCUGUCAUCUGCUGUCAUUCGGCUGCGACUCACUUUUAGUCUGUUAUUUGUUUUUGCAGACUGGGAUGGUUGCAAACCGUCUAUACUAUCUGUCAAUCCCACCAAAUAUAUUUGUAGACGUGGCGAGGUGUGCCAGCACAUCUGCUUCUUCUGCUAAUGGUUGGACCAGGGUGAUUGUCGAAAAGCCAUUUGGCAGAGACUCCGAGUCUUCUGCUGCUUUGACAAGAGGCUUGAAGCGGUACCUGGUGGAGGAUCAGAUUUUUAGGUGCUCUUUUGUUUCAGUAGCAUUAAUUAUUUCUCUUCAGUGUCCUUCGAUAACUCUCUCUCACAAAUCGUGACUAUCAACAACAGAAUUGAUCACUACUUGGGCAAGGAGCUAGUUGAAAACCUAUCAGUUCUCCGCUUCUCAAAUCUCGUCUUUGAACCACUAUGGUCUAGACAAUACAUAAGGAAUGUGCAGCUUAUCUUCUCUGAGGACUUUGGCACAGAAGGACGAGGAGGGUAUGGAUUAUUUCAUUUUUGUGUGCGGAAUAUUUUCAUUUUCUUAGAAAGAACUGAUUGUUGGUGUGGAAUCCACCUGUUUUCUUCAUUGGUUUUGUCAGAUACUUUGACAGCUACGGGAUCAUCAGGGACAUAAUGCAGAAUCACCUUCUUCAAAUUCUUGCACUGUUUGCAAUGGAAACUCCCGUCAGCUUAGACGCAGAGGAUAUCAGAAAUGAGAAGGUUAAUUUGGAAAAAUUGAAAAUCGAGCAAUUUCCUCUGUUUCCUUCCGGCAUCUAUCUUAUUAUCUUACUCAAACAACUGCUUGGGUGGGUAUAUUCAGGUCAAGGUUUUACGCUCUAUGAAGCCUUUGCAGCUGGAGAAUGUGGUGAUUGGACAGUACAAAAGCCACACUAAAGGUGGCGUCACCUAUCCAGCCUACAUAGACGACAGGACUGUCCCCAAGGACAGCGUGACGCCCACAUUCGCUGCAGCUGCCCUUUUUAUAAAUAACGCCAGAUGGGAUGGGGUGCCUUUCCUAAUGAAAGCUGGCAAAGCUUUGCACACCAAGAGGUGGGUUCUUACAAUCCAGACUAUAUCUGGAUUCUUUCACUGGAUAUAAGAACUCAAGCGUUUUUUCUGGAUUUUUUUCAGUUUUAUUUAAAAGUUGGGUCACAUUUUUGUGGUGUUAAUGCUUUUCAGGGCGGAAAUCAGAGUGCAGUUCAGGCAUGUUCCUGGGAACCUGUACAAGCGUAGCUUUGGGACAGAUCUCGACCGUGCCACGAAUGAGCUUGUGAUCCGUGUGCAGCCUGAUGAGGCCAUAUACUUGAAAAUAAAUAAUAAGAUCCCUGGUUUGGGCAUGAGGCUCGAUCGCAGUAAAUUGAAUCUUCACUAUGCUGCAAGGUACAAAUAUUUCAUUGAGAAAGUCUCUGAAUUGUCUUGUUCCCAUCUUAUGAACGCCAAUUCAUCGGAUGGGCCACCCCCUCUUUUUCUCUAGAUAUUCGAAGGAGAUACCUGAUGCUUACGAGAGACUCCUGUUGGACGCGAUUGAAGGCGAGAGACGGCUCUUCAUCCGCUCCGACGAGUUGGACGCGGCAUGGGAGCUCUUCACUCCUGUCUUAAAGGAGUUGGAGGACAAAAAGAUUGCCCCGGAGCUCUAUCCCUAUGGCAGCCGGGGACCCGUGGGUGCCCACUACCUCGCGGCCAAGUACAAUGUCCGAUGGGGCGAUCUCAGUGCCGAUGACCCGCACAAUUGA